GCAUUUCCCUAGCCCCUUGCGCCACCACACAACCACCCGGCAGGGAGACCAUCGGCGCCGAAGAUGGUGUCUCUCAAACUCCAGAAGCGCCUCGCGGCGAGCGUCCUCAAGUGCGGCAAGGGCAAGGUCUGGCUCGACCCCAAUGAAGUCAGCGAGAUCUCCAUGGCCAACUCCCGCCAGAACAUACGGAAGUUGGUCAAGGAUGGUUUCAUCAUCAAGAAGCCUCAGAAGAUCCACUCCAGGUCCCGUGCAAGGAGGGCACAUGAGGCCAAGCAGAAGGGACGUCACUCUGGAUAUGGUAAGCGCAGGGGUACCAGGGAGGCUAGGCUCCCCACCAAGAUCCUCUGGAUGCGCCGAAUGCGCGUUCUUAGGCGCCUGCUGCGCAAGUACCGUGAAGCCAAGAAAAUUGACAAGCACAUGUACCAUGACAUGUACAUGAAGGUGAAGGGUAACAUGUUCAAGAACAAGAGGGUACUCAUGGAGAGUAUCCACAAGUCCAAGGCUGAGAAGGCCAGGGAGAAGACACUCUCUGAUCAGUUUGAGGCCAAGCGUGCCAAGAGCAAGGCAAGCCGUGAAAGGAAGAUUGCCAGGAGGGAGGAGAGGUUGGCCCAGGGCCCCAGGGAACCUGCAGCACCAGCAGCCGCAGCUCCAGCGCCGGCUGCAGCGGCACCGAAGAAGGCCAAGAAGUGAAGGAUUGAUCCAAAAGCUUUAGCUUUCUGGUAUCAGGACUAGCCUAAUUUUGGAGCGCCUCUGAGCUGUUUUGCUGUUAUAUAUCCAAGCUGUGUCAUGACUCGAUAUCUCGAAUAUCAUAUCUUGUUUGUUGCGUUGGAUGAUGUAGUAGACUUGAUUAUGAAGAGUUUCUUUGGAACAAAUUAUCACAGAAUCUGGUUAUGCUUUCAUGAAACCUAGUUUGAUAUAGGUUAUUGUGGUUUUGCGUGUUGA